AUGAACAAUUUCAAGACCAGAUCGAGGUUCAACAGAGAUGAGGCAAGACUUGACAGCAUUGAGACACAUAUGACCAACUUGGGGGCUACAGUGAAGAAUUUAGAGGUACGGAUUGAGGUUAACCCACGAGAACACUGCAAUGCUAUCACCCUAAGAAGUGGUAAAGCAGUUGAAGAACGCAAGCUUAGAGAGGUUGGGGUACCUAUAUCAGAUCCCAUUCUUGCAAGGGAAAAGCAUACUGAAGGGCAAAAAAUUGAGGCAGAGGCAACAAAGAAGAUUUAUAAGCCUUACUCAAUUUCAUUUCCGGACAACCCACCUAUCUUGAAGCCCCCAUUACCAUUCCCGCAUAGGUAUUUGAAGAAGGAAUUUGAUGAAAAAUUCGCAAAGUUUCUAGAGGUCUUCAAGAAAAUCCACAUCAACAUUCCCUUUGCAGAAACCUUGGCCCAAAUGCCUAACUAUGCCAAGUUCUUAAAGGAAGUAAUGUCAAAGAAGAGAAAGUUGGAGGAAUUUGAGACUGUUAAGUUGACAGAGGAGUGUAGUGCCAUACUUCAGAAGAAGCUCCCUCACAAAUUGAAAGAUCUGGGCAGCAUCAACAUCCCGUGCAAUAUUGGUGGUAUCACAUUUGCUAGGGCACUAUGUGACAUUGGAGCUAGCAUAAACUUGAUGCCCUUAUCAGUGUUCAAAAAGUUAGGUCUUGGAAAAGUAAAUCCCACAACCCUUACCUUGCAACUGGCAGACAGAUCGAUCACAUAUCCCAAAGGCAUUAUUAAAGAUGUAUUGGUGAAGGUUGAUAAGUUCAUCUUUCCGGUGGACUUUGUGGUAUUAGACAUGGAGGAGGAUGAGAAAGUACCAUUGAUUAUUGGUCGACCUUUCUUGGCUACUGGAAGAGCAUUGAUUGAUGUGCAAGAAGGAAAGUUGACACUACGAGUUAAUGAAGAGCAAGUAACUUUCAAUAUCCAUCAAGAAAAGGAAGCCCCAGAAAAAGGUAAAGUUGACACUUGUAAAAUGAUCCAAUUAGCUGAAGUAAUUGCAGGAAAUGGAGAAAAAAGGGAAUUAUUUUAUGAUCCGUUGGUGCAAUACAUGGAUGGUGCAAUACAUGGAAAUUAA